AUGGCGGACUACAACGCAGCAGGUGCCGACACGGCGGUGGUGGACGACAACGUGCCGCCAGGCAUCACGACGAAGCAGGACGAAAUCAUCCAGUACGUGGCCAAGUACGUGGUCGCAUCGUGUGACGGGGCGCGAUAUCAAGACAAGGUUCGCACGCGCACAAAGCAUAACCCGUACUUCGAUUUCCUCAACGCCAAGCACCCGUACCACCAGUACUACCAGUACCUCCUCGAGUCCUACCGGCACUGGAUGCGCAAUAGCGAGGCAGUCGGGGCCGGGACGUGGGGCGGCGGUGUCGAUGCGACGCAGGGCCAGGGGCAGCAGCAGCAGUGGAACGAGGAAGACUACUACCAGUACUACGGCGCCUACGCUGGACAGGCGAGUGGCAUUGAGUUUCAGGGCAACGCCGCUGGUCAGCUUGGCGAGGGAAGCAGCUAUGUGGACGCAUCUAGCUCCGCGCACGCGCGGAACGCCAGCAGCGGCGUCGAUCCCACCUCGUACGAGUCGGAAGCAGUCACUGCCACGGGCUAUGGCGCUGGCUACGACCCCUCGGCGGUAGACCCGGAGCCGGCGCAGGUGGCAACGACUGCAGGCGGCGGCGAAGCUCAGGCCGAGGAAGACGAAGACGACGAGUACGAGCUGGUCAUGGAAAAUGGGCAGUGGGUGUCGCGCAAGCGGAUGUAG